UUGGUUAAACUUGGCGGUUGUUUUUUUUUUAAUUCCGUUGUAUCCAUUUAUCUUUUUAUAACCCCACUUUUUGCAGUUCAUUAUUCCGCACAUCGUGCAGCUAUUGCUAAAAUUGGUCGAAAAGAAUAUAUACGUCGAUAUCCUGUCACUAUACUGAGGGCAGAUGGGUCAACGAUAAAGAUUCGAGUUGCAGAACCACGCGAAUUUGUUCAGUUACCCGUGGAUUUGGAAGCACUAACUGAGGAUGAGCGGCGUCAACGAUUAGCAGCCAGAAAACCGAAAGUGAAGCAAAUUCAUGAGGUUCGUAUCUUAUUUUGA